AUGGCAGUACCAGUCCAGGCUACGUUUACUUUAGCGAUGGAAAGGGACAGGAUACAGCUGAAAACAGAACUGGAAAAGCACGAUGAGGAUUGCCAGCUGUUUGUCAAACAGUUCCCAGACUGGAGGGAUCAGACACAAGAACACAUCAAAGAACUGAAAGAAAUUGCAGAAGUCAUUGAUGAGUACCACAGAGGGGCUACCAUAGCAAGCAUCACCGGGACCUCAGCAGCAAUUGUCGGCGGGGUUCUGUCCGUUACAGGACUCAUUGCAAGUCCUUUUACUUCAGGUACAUCGCUGGGUCUCAGUGCAGUGGGAGCUGGGGUGAGUGCAACCGGUGCUGCUACCAAUUUUACAGCUGAUGUCACCGAGUCAGUUGGACAAUCCAUCAAACAGAAAAGAGUUGACGAAAUUGUCAAUCAAUACAAUGAAUGCUGUAAGCUAGUAUCAAAGUAUUUACACAAGAUUUGCAGUGCAAUUAAAUCCUGGAGCCAUAACCUACAAGCAGAAAUCACGAAACAUAAGUCUAGUGAACAAAUGUCAGACUUUCUAACUGAAAGCUGCGGCGCAGUAAAGUGCAGCGAGAAAGGUGGAGAUGUUUCAGUUCUUGAGGAACCGAUAACCGUUCCACUGUCUAACACAGCCAGGCAGGUAACAUCAGUGAGCCAGAAAACUGAAAGCAUUCAAGAGCUGCUUUCUGGAUCACUUCCCCUACUAUCCACUGUUGUCAGAGCUAUAUCAGGACUUCUUUCUGCAAUCAUAAUGCUAACAAAUAUCUACUCUAUCACAAGGAGUUCCGUAGAUCUUACAAAAGGAAGCAAGACUGAGGCUGCGAAGAACAUACACAGUAUGGCUACGAAGAUGGAAGAUGAAUUAAUGGCCUAUGAAGACAUUUAUCAGUUUCUGAAAUUCAUUUUAAAGAUUGAGUAA